GAGAGCGAGAGAGAUCGCAGUUAGAGAGAGAGAGUUCAAACUGCAAAUACGGAGUUAUCAGAGAGAGAGAGAAAAAGGGGGAAAGUAGUCAUUGUGAGGGUAAAAUUAGUCAAACAGACAGAGGGGGGCAAAGAAGUGAAAGAGAGAGAGAGAGAAAAAAGGGGGGGAAGUGAGAAAGAGAAAACAGUGAAGGGGGAAGAGAAAGAGGAGAAAAAAGUGAAGGAAAGAGAAAGAAAAAAGUGAGGUGGAGAGAGAGAAAACAGUGAAGGAGAGAGAGAAAAUAGUCAAGGAGGAAGAGAAAGAGGAGAAAAAGGUGAAGGAAAUAGAAAGAAAAAAAAACAGUGAGAGAAGAAGAGAGAGAAAAUAGUCAAGGAGGAAGAGAAAGAGGAGAAAAAGGUGAAGGAAAUAGAAAGAAAAAAGUGAGGUGGAGAGAGAGAAAACAGUAAAGGAGAGAGAGAAAAUAGUCAAGGAGGAAGAGAAAGAGGAGAAGAAGGUGAAGGAAAUAGAAAGAAAAAACCUUGAGAGAAGAAGAGAGAGAAAAUAGUCAAGGAGGAAGAGAAAGAGGAGAAGAAAGUGAAGGAAAGACGUGGGGGGGACGAAGAGGGAGAAAAUAGUGAGGCAUAGAAAGGAAAAGUAGUGAAGGAAGGAAGAGAUGGGGAAAAAGUGAAGGAAAGAGAGAGAGAGAGAGAAAUUAGAGAAGUAGAGAAAGGUGGAAAAGAGGGAGAAAAUAGUGGGUCGGAGAAAGGGAAAGUCGUGAAGGAGGGAGAAAAUUGUGAAUGUGGAAGAGAUGGAAAAAAAGUGAAGGGGAGAGAGAGAGAGAGAAAAUAUUGAAGUGGAGAGAAGGGUAGAAAGCGAAAGAGAGAAGGAAACAAGUGAAAGACAGAGAUAAGAUAGUGACAGAAAAAGAGAGGAAAAAUGGUGAGACAGAGAGUGGGGCGAAAGUGAGUGAAAGAGAGAAAGUAGUGAAGGGAAAAGAGUCAGGGAGAGAAAACAGUGAAGGAGAGAGAGUUUAAAUUGGAAAUAGAUAAUAGAGUUGUCAGAGAGGCAGAGGAAUAUAAAGUGGAAAUAUAUAAAGUAGAGUUAUCAGAGAGAAAAUAGUGAAUAAGAGAAAGUUAAUAGUAAAAGGGAGAAAGCGUGCAUUGGGAAAUAUGUAAGUAUAGAGUUAUCACACAGAGGGAGAGGAAGAGAAAAUAGUGAGGGAGACGGUUUAAACUGGAAAUAGACUGUACGAGUGAACACAGACAGACAGAGAGAGAGAGAAGAGAAUGGUGUAGAAAAAAGUGAGGAGGGAGCAAAUAGUGUGACAUUGUGAGGAAGUAGUGAGAAAAUUAAAUAGAUAGAGAGACAGUGUCGGUGAAAACAGAGAGGCAGAAUGGAGUGUGAUUGAAAGCAGCGAGAGAGAAAACCGAUUUUGAAUAGAGUUGGAGAAACUGAGAAGUCAAGCAGACAGUGGGUCAACAGUGCGCGUGAGAGAGAAUCGAGGGAGAGGUAACGGUGAGGGAGUGGCCUGGAGAGAGAGAGAGAGAGAGAGAUAGAGAGAAUCGUUGUGGAGGGAGUGUUGGGCAGGAAGGACAGAGAGUAGCUUGAGGGAGAUGGUCUGGAGAUAACGGAUUAUUCAGAGCGAGAGAGAGAGAGAGAGAGAGAAGAUCUUGGGAGAAUGAGAGGACCCAGGGCUGUGUGAGUGUCGGAUAAAGUUGGGCAGCAGUCAGAGGCCAGAGAGCGGUUGCAGUGCGGGCUGCGAGACGGGGUGAGGUGGAGCGCCGUGACCCAUGGAGGAGAUACUGAGAGGGUUCCUGCAGCACCUCGCUGAGCUGGAGAAGGCGGAUGGAGACGAGAGCGGAUUCAGCAAGGAAUUCAGUAGCAUUAAGAAGUGUCUGGCUUCAAUCAGUGACCAGUUGGACCUUAGCACUGAGGCUGGGAGCGCUAGAAGCAACAUCAAGAAGAAUCGAUACAAAGACAUUCUGCCGUAUGACCAGACCAGGGUGCCUCUGACGCUGCUCCAGAAUGAAGGAUACUCUGACUACAUCAAUGCCAACUUCAUCCGGGGCAUUGACGGGGAUAAGUACUACAUCGCCACCCAAGGUCCCCUGGGGCAGACUGUUGUGGAUUUUUGGAGGAUGAUUUGGGAAUAUCAGGUCAAGGUGAUUGUCAUGGCGUGCCGGGAAUUUGAGCUCGGAAGGAAAAAGUGCGAGCGAUACUGGGCAACCGAGGAGAAAGACAUUGUCGUCUUUGGACCCUUCACUGUCACUCAUGUUGGUGAAGAGACCCUCAGGGAUGAGGUGACCAUUAGGACACUAUCAGUCACAAUGCUGGAUGAUGUGGAUCAGCGAUCUAUUGUCCAGUUCCAGUACAGUGCGUGGCCCGAUCACGGCAUUCCAAAAGAUUUUGACUCCCUCUUGGAGAUGAUCGACCUGGUGCACAAGUCGCAGGGAUCGCUGAAGUCCCCCAUCUGCGUCCACUGCAGUGCGGGAUGUGGAAGAACUGGUGUUAUCUGUACCGUUGACUAUGUUCGCAGUAUGCUGCUGAGGAAGGCGAUUAGCAAAGACUUCGCCGUAAUGGACAUGGUGAAGGAGAUGCGACAACAGAGACCGGUGGCCGUGCAGACUAAGGAUCAGUAUGAGUUUACCUAUCGGAUUAUAGCUGAGAUGUUUCAGAGAGAGCUGGAAGCUGCUGAACACGAUUAUGAAAACUUGGAGAAGGACGGGAGGCCCUGUGGGGCGCUGGACGUGAGACAACCCCCGCCACCGAAAGCGGCUGCAUCGAGCGAACCUCGAAGCCCGGCGCUCGGAGCUCAGGCCCCAGGCUCCAUGGCAUCGCAGGGGGCAGCUGGAGCCACGUAUGCAGCCGUAGGACGGCGGAGAGAGGGUGGGGACCCGAGGCCUGUCUCCUCCUACGUCCUGCCCUCCUCCUCAGGCUGCGCCUACGAGAACCUCGGCCAGGCCCCUGGGCGCCCGUUGUCAUCGUCUGCCUCCUCGUCGUACAGCGCUGUGGGCUUCGAUAAUGGUCCCCGGGUACUGCCGCAGACGACCCAGUGCACCAACCUGCAUCCCUUGUCCACACCUGCAGCUGCUCCUCACAUCUCCACCAUCUCCUACUCCACCAUCGCUUUUGGGCAGCAGGGCUCUGAGCCCAUCUCCCACACGGAUGAGGACACUGCAGAAUGGGCUCCCUCGCUCCCUGAACGAACAGCUGAUUCCUACGUCAUACAGGACCCCGGUGAGGUUCCAGCCUCCUCCCCAGUCAUGGACAGUAGGAACCGGACCAGCAAGCUACCUGGACCCUUCAAACCGGCAGUCCUAGGAGGAAUCGAAAAGAAAGGUGCCACUCCCAGCUCUGACGCAGCUUAUGAAGAUGUUGCUGGUCUUUCUAUUGCUUCCAGUUUCAGCUCCAGUGGACUGGGUUUCAAUGCUCGAGUUGCAAAGCCGAAGGGCCCUCGUCCCCCUCCGGAGGCGUGGGCCGUGUACAGUCACUGAGACCAAACCAAAAUCCGGCCAAGGGUCUGGAGUGUCUGACGCUGAAGGUUUGGGGAAGGAGGUGUGGGGUGGCAGAGCCUGAAGACCCAGCUGCUAGUGGGAGUGUUCUGGGGUUUGUCUUCACCACCUUUCUGUUCUUUGAGUUGAACAAUAUAAUGAAUUUCACUCUG